UGGGCGUGGCCAGCAGAAGAGAGGAAGUGCAGAUGAGAUGUCAGAACAGUGAAGAAGAAAAAGAGUGUGAGAGAAGCUGUGCAUGAAACCAAAGUUACUAAUGCAUCCAAUCCAAUGAAUGUUGCUCGAGUGAUUCUUGCUCUAAUAUUCUGCACACUCUUCAUAGCAUCAUAUUUCACAAAUAAGUAUGUCCUGUCUAUCUUAAAGUUUACAUUUCCAACCAUUUUUCAGGGGUGGCAGACCUCUACUGGGGCUCUAUUGCCUGUUACAUGGAAACUUGGUUUGGUGGAAAUCAAUGGAUUCUCCAGAUCUGCAGCAUUUUCCCAGCUUCCUGGAUCCUUUUUAUUUAUUGGAAACAUUUAUGCGGGGUCCAAAGCACUGUCGCUUUUGCCCAUUCCUUUUUUCUUUGUGUUACAAAAUGUCUCUGAAGUCUUUGUUUUUCUCAUGGUAACAGUAACUCACAGAGAGAAAUCAUCAUGGAUGAAAUUAUUUAGUGUGUGUAUGCUGCUGGGAUCUUCCAUCAGCCUUAUUCUGUACAAUCCUCUGUUUGGUCCCAGUGGCUACACAUGGGCGUCCAUCCAUCUGUUCUGUGUUGGUGCAUAUAAAGUAUUCCAGAAAAAUACAAAGACAAGCCAUCUGAGUGAUCUUGAAGAGCAGUUCAUCAACUAUGUGACCAGUGCAUUGUUACUUGCCUCACUUGCACACUCAACAGGUGACCUGUCCGGUGCCUUAGAUUUCCCUCUCCUGACCUCAUACAGGUUCCAUACUGGCUGCUUGGGCAGCGCUAUAUUCAGCUUUUGUCUGAUUUUGGCAACCGUAAAACUGAAGAACAGUCUGCCUCAGGAGCACUGUGGAGUCUGCUGCUUCCUGGCAAAGGUUCUGGCCUCAGGUCUUUCCCUUUCCACAUUCAACACUGUGCUCAGUCCGGUGACACUGUGCUGCGUCAUCCUGAACUACACCGGAGAGGCCUUGUUCCUGUAUUCUGACAAAUUUCAUUAAGUUUGUUGAAGAAAAUGGCCAGUGCCUUUGAAGAUUCUCCAAAUCAGUCACUUCAAGGCUUUAUAAAUUGACCAAAGCCAGUUGCCGCAAUGAGAUUAUUCCAAUAGAAGCCUUGAAACGCACAAAACUCUUUUUUUACUCCUUUUGUUGUUCUGUAUUUUUCUCUUUACUUCUCCCCCCCCUUAUUUUCAGUAUGAGACUACGGAAGAGGAUUAGGCCAAGCAAUAAUAAAAAAAUAAAACCAUCUCGAGAUUAAACUUGUUAAAUUUCGUGAAAAAACUCG